ACUCCACUUAAAUUUUACGCGUCACUUGUUCGUCCAGGCGUUUACACAGAAGAUACCUCGUUUUCUGCACAAGCAGGACCAUGCUGCACUUGGAUUUUAUAUAGAAAAUACAAAUUUCACCUUAAUAACAUUAUUUGAUUAUUAUUAUUUUUUUUUAAAAAGGCAACAACAGCACAGAGCAGCAACAGCGUGUGUGGAGCAAGUGGUCCCAGAAAGAUUUCCGUCAUGGGAGCGUAUGGAUGGAGCUCAGCGCGUCUUGGCUUUGUCGUUUGGGGAUUUUUGGCAUUUUUCUGCGGAGAAUUUGUCCCACAGGCUGAAGCAGGCUGCAGGGAGCGAGAGAGCCCAAACUGCUGCACCGGCCGGAACAACGAAUGUUUUGAGUACUCCAGGAGGAAAACAGUGUGUUACUGCGAUACCUACUGUCAGAAAACAAGAGACUGUUGCGAGGACUAUCAGAGCGUUUGCCAAAUAUCUGCAGCCAUUGACUGUGUGGUGGGAUCAUGGGGUCCCUGGUCAUCAUGCACAUCUUCAUGUGGAAUUGGUAGCACGGAAAGGAGUCGCCAAGUAUCUGUUCCCCCUAGAAAUGGAGGUACACCCUGUCCUGAUCUCAAACAACGUCGAGGAUGCUUCGGAAACAACGCCAUAUGCAGCACCGCGAAAGAAGUCGCAAAAAUCUUGCCUAAUUCUUUCAAGAGGAACUUCAAGGACCCUUGGAGGAGACCACACAUGCUGAUGAAGGAGGAGAAGGCCAGUUACUGUGUGCAUCUGCAAGUGAAACAGGCUAGCGCGGCAUGUAGACUCAAACUGUGGACCGCUCGACUGAUGAGAGAGACUGCUGUCUGUGUGGAGUGUCAAAGUGAUGCCAUGGCAAAGUCAGAUCGCUGUGGAGGCGAUGGUGUAAGGGGCACCAGGACCUUCUGGUCAGCAGCUUCAGUCGCGGGCUGUCACGGUUCCUGGAUUCGACAGUUUUCUUCUGAGCGCUGCCAGUGUUCUGACAACUCUUUCCUCUUUGUUUGAGGCGGCACGCUACUCUCAGCAUCCUGCCAAGUGCAGGACAGCCCUGCCAGCCAAGCCAGACCCUCCAAUCCAGAUUACUGGAUGGGUAACUCAAGGAUAUUAGCAGCAUCCUGCCACUUUUUUUCUUUCACCUCAUAUUCUGUACUGUAUAAACUCUUAAAGCACACAUAAAUUCUUGCAUUUAACAUCUGAUUUUACAGCCACGUAAUUCUCCUCUAAAGCACAGCAUCUAUUUGCCUUUUUACCUCUGAGUCUUUGCUAUCUACCUCCAUCAAUACAAGUGCAUUUUCUAAUGCAUAAUGUAUAAAUAUAGAAAUAUAUUAUUUUGCUUUAUACAUUUUCUACUUAUGAUUGGUUUAUGUAAUGUAUAUGUGUCUAUAUAGCUUCAAUAAUUUGUAUCCAACAGUGUAAACAUCAGACAUCUGUCAUUUAUCCCCAAACAGUCCUAAGUCAUCAGUGGUUUUGGAGAUACUAAAACUGAUCAUCAAAGUCAUAUCCAAACUAGGAUCCUUCGCUCAGUAUUUUGAUGUUGUAUCUUUUUUUAUCCCAAAGGGCAAAGUUGAAUAUCAGGUACUGAUUCUCAGGUGCUUAGAUUUCAAGUCUCAUUCAUGUCUGCCUCUUCUGGUGGUCAGUCACAGAUGUUUUCAGUAACAUGACUCAUAGCAGAGAUCAAUCACAUCUGUUUAGACUUAAUAUUGCUGGAGAGGAAAAAGAGCCAUAUGAGCGAAUUCACUGUGGUUCUGUCUGUCUUGUGUCCAAGACUUAAAAAAUGCUUCAUGAUUACUCGCCCUGCUCACGGGGGAGUUUUAUCAGAAGAGUAUGAUCCAAGAUAAAUAUCGUGAACAGCCAACUCCUAUAUUUUUAAUUAACCGAAUCUCCUCCCAGCGCUCCCUACAGUUCCUUUACUUUUUUCAGUUCUGUUUUUGUUGUCUCUGUUGACUCUGUGUUUUCCCUCAAAUAAAAUACAGACUAACUACAGCUUUACCUUCUUGAGUUAAACGACACAGCAUAAAUUCCUGCAUCUCUUUUGCUGUUGGGUUAAGAAGAAGGCAGGUGCAGUCAUGUUAUGGAAACCUGUUACUUUCUCUUUACAUCCCCCAUGUCUGUGUUUGUGUGUUUAUUUAUUAUAAACCAUGUGGUAAUUUUAUAAGUGCAGCACAGCAUUUUCUGUACACUGUCCAUUAGUGAAAUAAAGAAAACUAUA